GCGCUUGCGAACGCGACGAUUCUAGAUUUGGUAGCUGAAAUUACGGGAAUUGGAUUCAUUCAAGCCAUUGCAUUCACGGCGAGGCAUUUCAAUACGCUCACUUGGAACUCAAAGAAAGCCACCGUUCUGUAAAUCAAACAGUUUUAUCGUAUUAAUUAUUUCCCUUUGCGCCUUUUUCAAUCACCUACACGUGCAUUUCCAGCGCAUAUUCGGUCUUUAACGCCACAGACGAGAGUAGCUCCUAAAUCGCUCCAAAAAUAAACAAUGGCCGACAACGCCCCCGCCGACAGCAUAGUGGAGGAUUCUCCCGCGCCCAAUGUCUCCGCUGGCGACGUCGAGAUGGCAGAAAGCGCACCUGGUGUGGCCGAGGGUGACGAGUCGGCUCUUCCAUACGCAGGCGAGGACGGCCCCGAGGAACCUGUGCCCGUCCGGAUACCCUUUGUUGAAUACCUCAGCAGUCCAGUCGUGACCCUCAUGGUCGGCAGCGCCGAAAAUAGCGACACGCAAACCAUCUUGACUGCCCACCAGGCCCUCCUGACCCAAAGCCCAUACUUUGCCACGCUUUGCGCCGAGUUCGAGAACGGCACUGACCGCCACAUCGACCUCUCGGACGAAGAUGUCGACGCCGUCGGUUGUUUCCUCGAAUAUCUCUACACGGGCGACUACUUUCCGCGCAAAAUCCCCGGCCAGCGACAACUCGAGCAGGACCCGUCGCUACCCAAGGUCGACGACUCGGGCGACCAGCUCCUCAAGCACGCGCGCGUCUACACGCUCGCCGAGAAGUUCCAGAUGCCGGCGCUGCGCCACUUGGCCUCGUCGAAGAUCCACUGCGUCAACUCUACCGCCAAGGGCGAGAUCGCCUACGCUCGCUACGUCUACCAAUACAUCCCAAGGGACGACUCACACAUCCGCGCCCCCAUCGUCACAUUCUGGGCCCAGCGCAGUCAUACCCUGCGCUCCGAGGCCGAGGACGAGUUCAGGAGCUUGUGUUUGGAGUUCCCGCAGUUCGGUUACGAUGUUCUCACCCGGGUUCUCGACGAGAAGCUCAAGCGCGAGCAGGUCUCCAAAAUGCACCCGGCAACAGCCAGCGGGCGCAAGAGACCUCGUCACAGCAACGUCUAAGAUGUCAGGACCACAUUCUUUUCUCGGUCGUCUCUGGGGUUUGCGCACCGUGAGAGAAAGCUCGGUCGUGCGCAUGUAUUUUAAAACUUGUCCGCUAUCAUCGAUCUCUAUAUAUGUUUCUCUUUUGUCAUCUGCCUUGUUCUUCUUCCCUGCGGGAUGGGAAGACAAACCGAUGCCUCUUUCAGCGUAUGGAAACGACAGGGGAGACAAAAAUGAACAUAAAUCAGCAGGAUAACGUGGCUUCUGUUGCCGCAUGGUCUCCCUAUAAUCUGGGAAUGACGCUGGGUUCGGUGAUGUUGGCGCUUGGGAUUAAAUAUUUUGAGAUGUGGUGGGCAAUUUUCAUUGGGCUGUUCUGGGCUGUCGAGUUGGUCAAGUCAUCCUGGGCGUCGGCGCUCUGUUCGAUACAUCUACCAAAGGCUUGCAUGGGUAGAUAGUCGAGUCGGUAAAGCUUUUUCACGUUUCAAAUUCAAUGGAAGUUCUGG